AUGGCCGCGGACGAACCGAUGGAGGACGGGCAGCGCCAUAAAGAAGCUUCCCGUCCCGCCUCUCGUCGCUUCGCUUUUUCGCCCUGUGGAAUAAGCAUGUCUCUCAUCAACAUCGACCUCCGCGCCCUGGCGACAGAAGGCGCCGGCUACCUCGCCUCCAUCAACGCCGCCAACCUGAGCACUCCGGCAAUUUCACUCCUAGCUUACCAGCCUUCUUUUGCGGACGUCAUCGGCACCAACGCCACGGCCCGCAAGAUUGUAGAAGUGGACUGGCAGGCAUUCCACGAGGGUGGCAUUUACAACAAGAAGGACAACUCCAUCUACAUCUCCUCCAACUACAACCCCACAGAUAGCAUUAACAUCACCGUCCUCCACUUGGAUGAUUACUCCGUCACGAGCACCCAGUUUGAUGGCCUGACGGAGGCCAACGGCGGAAGCUCGUACUACCCGCCUGGCGCAGACCAGUCCGCUACGCCGCCCAUGCAGGUCUGGUGUGACCAGGGCAACUUACAAAGAAACUCCCAGCUUCUCGCCGUUGACCCCAACACCAAUAAAUCUGAGCCUCUCAUUAUUGGCUUCAACGGCCGCAACUUCACCUCACUCAACGACGUCCGUCAGCACCCCGUAACAGGGGAUCUCUGGUUCACAGACCCUCAGUACGGCUUCUUCCAGGGAUUUAGACCCGAACCGGCGCUCCCCACGCACGUCUACCGCUUCGAUCCCAAGACGGGCGCGGUCCAGGUCGUGGCGGACGGUUUCCAGCAGCCCAACGGCGUCGAGUUCUCACCGGACGGCAAGACGCUGUACGUCUCCGACACGGGCGCCAUAACCACCUCUCUCAACUUGGCUGGCCCGGCCACCAUCUACGCUUUCGACAUCGUCGACAACAAGAGGCUCGCGAACAAGCGCAAAUUUGCGUACGCGGACGAGGGCUUCCCCGACGGCGUUCACGCCGACGCCGACGGCAACGUUUGGGGCAGCUGCGGCGACGGAGUGCAUGUUUGGAACCCUGAGGGCGUUUUGAUUGGAAAGAUUCACUUGGGCGAGACGUCGAACAACUUGGCGUUCGCCCCGGGCAAGGUCUUUGUGUUUUCCAACUACCGCAUGUGGGUUGUUGAGGGUAUCAAGGCACUUGGCCGUGAGGUCUGCAAGGAUUUCGGAGCGGACUCAGAUCCUAGGUGCAGAAAGGAGAGAGCAUAG